CCCGAUCCCCCGCCGCUCCCCCUCCGCUCCUUCCCGUUCCCUCCCGUUCCCUCCCCGCCUCCCUGCGCAGCGCGAACAUGGCGGCGGCGGCGGCGGCGAGGGACUGAGCAGCGCCAGCGCUCGGCGGCCGCGCAGGUUUUGCUAUGCCGCAGUGUUUGUACUGACUCUGCUGUCUUGUAGGAGUGAUGGGGAACUAGAGCCCAUGACAGUUCAGUGGAGCCCUUGGCACUUUUGAUAUCUCGACAUCUUCAGCUCUGUAAGAGCAGCCCAGUCCCAGGAUCAGGACAGCAGCAGGUGGUAGAAUGCGGAAACCAGGCCCUCAGAAAGCCAUAGACUGGAAAGAUGGUAAAAAGCACAAGUACAGCCGCCCGUCAGAGUCUCCCUCCCAGUACCAAGGUCACUUCACCUGGGAGAAGUACCUGAAAGAAACAUGUGCCAUCCCAGCUCCUGCCCAUUGUUUCAAGCAGUCCUACACUCCACCUGCAAACGAGUUCAAGAUCAGCAUGAAGCUGGAGGCCCAGGACCCGCGGAACACCACGUCCACGUGCAUCGCCACCGUGGUGGGGCUGACGGGCGCGCGCCUGCGCCUGCGCCUCGACGGCAGCGACAACAAGAACGACUUCUGGAGGCUGGUGGACUCCGCUGAGAUCCAGCCCAUUGGCAACUGUGAGAAGAAUGGAGGGAUGCUGCAGCCUCCACUGGGCUUCCGGCUGAAUGCCUCCUCCUGGCCCAUGUUCCUUCUGAAGACUCUGAAUGGAGCAGAGAUGGCUCCUGUCCGGAUUUUUCACAAGGAACCACCAUCUCCUUCCCAAAACUUCUUCAAGACAGGUAUGAAGCUGGAGGCAGUGGACAGGAAGAACCCUCACUUCAUCUGCCCGGCCACCAUUGGGGAGGUGAGAGGUUCUGAGGUCCUCAUAACAUUUGAUGGCUGGAGAGGUGCCUUCGAUUACUGGUGCCGAUAUGAUUCCCGGGACAUCUUUCCCGUAGGCUGGUGUUCGCUGACUGGAGAUAAUCUGCAGCCCCCUGGUACAAAAGUUGUGAUUCCAAAGAGCCCUUUACCUGCCUCCGAAGUAAACUCGGAGAAACCUAGCAUGCACAGUAGCACAAAGACUGUUUUGGGGCAUCAACAAGGGCAAAGGCGUCGCAAAACAGGGAAGAAGCGUGGUCGAACGACCAAAGCGCUAAUCCACCACCCCAUGCCUACACCCUCCAAGUCAGUGGAGCCUUUGAAAUUCCCCAGAAAGAGAGGCCCCAAGCCUGGCAGUAAGAGGAAACCUAGGACAUUGCUGAACCCAGCACCCACCUCUCCAACAACCAGUACCCCAGAGCCAGACACAAGCACUGUGCCCCAGGACGCUGCUACAAUCCCCAGCUCUGCCAUGCAGGCUCCCACAGUUUGCAUUUACUUGAACAAGAACGGCAGCACUGGGCCCCACCUAGACAAGAAGAAAGUUCAGCAGCUGCCAGACCAUUUUGGACCAGCUCGAGCUUCUGUUGUCCUGCAGCAAGCAGUACAGGCCUGCAUUGAUUGCGCUUAUCAUCAGAAAACAGUCUUCUCCUUCUUAAAACAAGGCCACGGGGGAGAGGUCAUCUCAGCUGUGUUUGAUCGGGAACAGCACACUCUGAACCUGCCAGCAGUAAACAGUAUCACCUACGUCCUCCGCUUCCUGGAGAAGCUGUGCCACAAUCUGCGCAGUGACAACCUCUUUGGGAACCAGCCUUUCACUCAGAACAGCCACAUGCAGCGCUCACACGAGUACGACCACGACAGGUAUCUACCAGACAGAAGCAGUUCCUUAGACGGCUCUCUGCAGGGACCAGGCCGGGGUACAAAGCGCUUUUCCCAAGAUCCCCCUCCAUACAGUGCUCCUCUCUCCCCCAAGUUACCAAAGAAUGACCGUCACCCUUUGGAAGGUGAAACCUUUGUCCUGGGAGAUGGCCUCCCAGGGCCCUUAGAGCCUCGCCUGGACCCCAUGGACUCUGCCUUGAACUCUGUCAAUUCAUCCAGCCACAGCAGGAGCUCCAGAGACUUUCGCCUGCCAGGAUACAGGCACCUGCACCAGCCCUCUAGCCUCAGCCAGGGCAGCACCUCUGCCCUGCGCAGGCUUAGCUCUGGGGGCUCUGACAGGUACCUGGGCUCCCGGGACAGCUCCCGCCUCGGCAGCCGUGACCCCUCCUCCUGGACGGUGGAGGAGGUGAUGCAGUUCAUCCGGGAGUCAGACCCGCAGCUGGGCCCCCACGCUGACCUCUUCCGAAAGCACGAGAUCGACGGCAAAGCCCUGCUCUUGCUGCGGAGCGACAUGAUGAUGAAGUACAUGGGGCUGAAGCUGGGGCCGGCCCUGAAGCUCACUUACCACAUCGACAAGCUAAAGCAAGGCAAGUUCUGAGAGGACUGGUGGCAGGACGGACCCCGGCAGCUCCGCUCGCGGCGCCCCUCCCGUGCUCACCGGCACCGGUUCGCAUGCACACACCCCUCCAUGGACACCGCCGGGCCUCGGCCCCGCCGCCCCGCAGGAGCCCGGCACGGCCCGGCUUGCACCAGACUCGAGCUGUGGGCGCUGGAAGCGGAGGGUCCCUUCCCUGCUGCCCAGCCUGCACUUCUCCGUGAGCUGCUGGGAUGGAGCAGCUCCAGGCAGCGCCCCCGGGCACCGGGUGUUGGCUCAGCCUGGCCCUGAGCCUGCCCAGCCUCCAGGGGCUCGGUGCCCGCAGUCUGCCCUCAGCCCUGGCACCACAGCGAGCUCAGAGCCAGCCCUGGCUCCAAAGGGGCAGCCCGUCCAUCCUGCCCCCAGUGCUGACCCGGCUCCAGCUGGGCACACCGGGCUGGGGCCCUUCACAUUCAUUCCAGACUGGGGAGGCCGUGUGGGAGCGUGGAGAGAGCUGAGAGCAGGGCUGGGCCUGGCCUGGCGUGCCCCUGGGCUGGUGUUGGAGGCUGCCUGGAUGCUGCAGGACUCAGCUGAUCCUUCUCGC